CGGUCGGAGGCGGCGGUAAUGGCGGAUGGUGGGUCGUGGCGCCGGCGGCGGCUGUGAGGGACGAUGAGUUCCUGCUUCGUGCCGAACGGGGCCAGCCUGGAGGAUUGUCACUGCAACCUCUUCUGCCUGGCUGACUUAACAGGAAUUAAAUGGAAACGCUAUGUAUGGCAAGGUCCAACUUCUGCCCCAAUUCUGUUUCCGGUGACAGAGGAAGACCCUAUUUUAAGUAGCUUUAGUCGCUGUCUUAAGGCAGAUGUACUGGGUGUGUGGCGGAGAGAUCAAAGACCUGGACGAAGAGAGCUAUGGAUAUUUUGGUGGGGUGAGGACCCCAAUUUUGCUGACCUUAUUCAUCACGAUUUAACAGAAGAGGAAGAUGGAGUGUGGGAGAACGGCCUAUCCUAUGAGUGCCGUACUCUGCUCUUCAAAGCAGUUCACAAUCUACUGGAGCGGUGUCUAAUGAACCGGAAUUUUGUGCGCAUUGGCAAGUGGUUUGUGAAGCCUUAUGAAAAGGAUGAAAAACCUAUAAAUAAAAGUGAACACCUGUCUUGCUCUUUCACCUUUUUUUUGCAUGGAGACAGCAAUGUUUGUACCAGUGUGGAAAUCAAUCAACAUCAACCUGUAUAUCUUCUUAGUGAAGAACACAUCACACUUGCUCAGCAGUCAAACAGCCCGUUUCAAGUUAUCCUAAGUCCAUUUGGAUUAAAUGGCACUCUCACAGGACAGGCAUUCAAGAUGUCUGAUUCUUCCACUAAGAAAUUAAUUGGUGAAUGGAAACAGUUCUAUCCAAUUUCAUCUUGCUUGAAGGAGAUAUCUGAAGAAAAACAGGAAGAUAUGGAUUGGGAGGAUGAUUCUCUAGCUGCCGUGGAAGUUCUUGUUGCGGGUGUGCGGAUGAUCUACCCAGCAUGCUUUGUUUUAGUUCCCCAGUCAGAUAUUCCUACUCCUAGCUCUGUUGGAGCACCUCACUGUUCAACUAAUUGCUUGGGUGUCCACCAAGUGCCUGCUUCCUCGAGAGACCCUGCCAUGUCUUCAGUAACUCUGACUCCACCGACAUCCCCUGAAGAAGUCCAGUCAGUUGAUGCUCAAUCUGCCCAGAAAUGGGCGAAAUUUUCAUCUGCUUCUGAUGCAUUCAGCUCAGAUAGUACUAGCCACCAUGGUGGAAAAAUUCCCAGAAAACUUGCCAACCAGGUGGUGGAUAGGGUUUGGCAAGAAUGCAAUAUGAACAGAGCACAGAACAAGAGGAAGUAUUCUGCGUCAUCGAGUGGUUUAUGUGAAGAAGAGACAGCUGACAAAGUAGCAUCCUGGGAUUUUGUUGAAGCCACACAGAGGACGAAUUGCAACUGUUCAAGGCACAAAAAUCUCAAAGCAAGAAAUUCUGGACAACAGGGGCAGGUACCUCCUGUAGGCCAGCAACAGCCAGUAGCUGCCAAGCACAAGACCAAUGAGAAGCAAGAAAAGGGGGACAAGCCUCAGAAACGUCCUCUAACUCCUUUUCAUCACCGUGCAUCUAUCAGUGAUGACGUUGCCAUGGAAACCGAUUCAUCCAGUCAGAGGCUGGUGAUCCCAGCUGCGGACGGUCAAGUGAGAUUUUCAAACAUCCGAACUAAUGAUGUAGCAAAAACUCCUCAGAUGCACGGCACUGAAAUGGCAAAUUCCCCCCAGCCACCGCCACUUAGCCCUCAUCCGUGUGAUGUGGCUGAUGAAGGCGUAACUAAAACACCUUCAACUCCUCAAAGUCAGCAUUUCUAUCAGAUGCCAACACCGGAUCCCUUGGUUCCUUCAAAGCCAAUAGAAGACAGGAUAGACAGUUUAUCUCAGCCUUUCCCAGCCCAGUUUCCAGAGGUAAUAGAGCCAACAGUAUAUGUUGGUACGGCAGUAAACUUGGAAGAAGAUGAAGCUGAUACAACCUGGAAGUAUUAUAAAGUUCCAAAGAAAAAGGAUGUGGAGUUUCUACCGCCGCAGCUUCCGAGUGAUAAAUUCAGAGACGAUCCAGUUGGACCUGCUGGACAGGAAAAUGUAACAUCAGUUACAGAGUUAAUGGUGCAAUGUAAGAAGCCUCUAAAGGUUUCUGAUGAACUGGUGCAGCAGUAUCAGAGUAAAAACCAGUAUCUCUCAGCAGUAGUAUCUGAUGCUGAACAAGAACCUGAAAUUGAUCCAUAUGCAUUUGUGGAUGGAGAUGUGGAAUUCCUUUUUCCUGAUAAUAAGAAAGAGAGACAGAACACCGAGCGGGAAGUGGGCAAAAAACACAAAGUAGAAGAUGGUUCAUCUAGUGUAACAGUAUUAUCACAUGAAGAAGAUGCUAUGUCAUUAUUUAGUCCCUCUAUCAAGCAAGAUGCCCAGCGACCUUCAGGCCAUGCCCGCCCUCCAUCCACCAGCUUGAUCUAUGACUCUGACUUGGCCGUUUCUUAUACAGACCUUGACAAUCUCUUCAAUUCCGAUGAAGAUGAACUUACUCCUGGAUCUAAAAAAAUCCUGAGUGGGACAGAUGACAAAUCCAAUUGCAAAGAAUCAAAGACUGGAAAUCUGGAUCCACUAUCUUGCAUAAGCACUGCAGAUCUUCAUAAAAUGUAUCCCACUCCACCAUCACUGGAACCACAUAUUAUGGGAUUUUCCCCAAUGAAUAUGAACAAUAAGGAAUAUGGGAGUAUGGACACUACACCUGGAGGAACUAUACUAGAAGGGAAUAGUUCCAGUAUAGGCACUCAGUUCAAAAUUGAGGUUGAUGAAGGAUUCUGUAGUCCCAAACCUUCCGAAAUCAAGGAUUUUUCUUAUAUCUACAAACUUGAAAAUUGUCAAGCUUUAGUUGGAUGUUCCAUGUUUGCACCUCUAAAGACCCUCCCCAGCCAGUGCCUGCCUCCUAUCAAAUUGCCGGAAGAGUGUAUUUAUCGCCAGAGUUGGACGGUUGGAAAACUAGAGUUGCUUCCUCCAGGACCCGCCAUGCCAUUCAUCAAAGAGGGUGAUGGGAGCGCCAUGGAUCAAGAGUACGGUGCUGCCUAUACCCCUCAAACGCAUACUCCUUUCGGGAUGCCCCCCAACAGCGCACCUCCCAGCAACAGCGGGGCAGGAAUUCUCCCUUCUCCGUCCACCCCCCGAUUCCCAACUCCUCGAACACCAAGGACGCCUCGUACCCCUCGUGGGGCCGGAGGGCCCGCCAGCGCUCAAGGUUCCGUCAAAUACGAUAAUUCGGACUUGUACUCACCAGCUUCCACGCCCUCAACGUGCCGACCACUAAACUCUGUCGAACCUGCAACCGUACCGUCCAUCCCCGAAGCUCAUAGCCUUUACGUGAACCUCAUCCUUUCAGAGUCCGUAAUGAAUCUGUACAAGGACUGUAACUUUGACAGUUGCUGUAUCUGUGUCUGCAACAUGAACAUCAAAGGUGCUGAUGUUGGAGUUUACAUUCCAGAUCCCACCCAGGAGGCCCAGUACAGGUGUACCUGUGGCUUCAGUGCUGUCAUGAACAGAAAGUUCGGAAACAACUCCGGCCUGUUCCUUGAAGACGAAUUAGACAUCAUAGGACGCAACACAGAAUGUGGCAAAGAAGCAGAGAAACGCUUCGAAGCUCUUCGGGCCACCUCCGCGGAACACGUCGGCGGAGGAUUAAAGGAAUCCGAAAAAUUGCCCGAUGAGUUGAUACUGCUGUUGCAAGAUCAGUGCACUAAUUUGUUUUCGCCAUUUGGAGCCGCAGACCAAGAUCCUGCCCCCAGAAUCGGCAUAAUUCAUAACUUGGUACGUGUUGAAGAGCGGGAUUGUUGCAAUGACUGCUACCUUGCGUUGGAACAUGGGCGACAGUUCAUGGACAACAUGUCAGGAGGAAAAGUUGACGAAGCACUUGUAAAAAGUACAUGCUUGCACCCCUGGUCCAAAAGAAACGCAAUGGAUGUGAGCAUGCAGUGUUCACAGGAUAUCCUUCGCAUGCUCCUAUCUCUCCAGCCAGUACUUCAGGAUGCUAUUCAGAAAAAACGAACAGUGAGAUCUUGGGGAGUCCAAGGUCCCCUAACUUGGCAGCAGUUUCAUAAAAUGGCUGGCCGAGGCUCCUAUGGAACUGAUGAAUCCCCAGAACCACUGCCAAUCCCCACAUUUUUGUUGGGGUAUGAUUAUGAUUUUCUGGUGCUCUCUCCAUUUGCCCUGCCAUAUUGGGAGAGGCUGAUGCUGGAACCCUAUGGAUCUCAAAGAGACAUUGCUUAUGUUGUUCUGUGUCCAGAGAAUGAGGCCCUUCUGAAUGGAGCCAAAAGCUUUUUUAGAGAUCUGACUGCAAUAUAUGAGUCCUGUCGAUUAGGUCAACACAGACCCAUUUCUCGACUAUUAUCUGAUGGGAUCAUGAGAGUUGGGUCUACCGCUUCAAAGAAACUCUCAGAAAAGUUGGUCACAGAAUGGUUUUCUCAGGCAGCUGAUAGCAACACUGAAGCAUUUUCUAAACUCAAGCUGUAUGCACAAGUCUGCAGAUAUGAUCUUGGACCGUAUCUUGCUUCCCAGCCUUUGGACAGCUCUUUACUCUCCCAGCCAAAUUUAAUUCCCCCAGCAAGUCAGCCCGUGCCCACCCCACCCCCGGUGGCAAGUAAUCCUGGGAAUUCCAACACUCCAUCAUCCACCCCAGCAACUACAACCAGCAACACCAUGACGGUGGCUUCAAGUAAUGCCAUAUCCUCUGCCGUUGCUCCAACAAAUUCCACCUUGACUACCACCUCCACUUCAUCCUCAUCCACCAACAUGAGUGGCGGGCUCCCCAAUAAACCACCUUCAUUCCCACCCUUCGGCAGUAUAACCGGUAAUACUACUGGUUCCAUGCCUGCCCAAGCUCCCGCAGUUCAGAAUGGCCAGAUGGGUCAGCAGCCACCGACUCUGCCAGCGACUGGGAUAUCUGGAGAGUCCUCAGCUGUUCCCGCUCAGCCACAUUCAGAAGUGUCAGAAAGCACUAUGGAUCGGGAUAAGGUGGGAGUCCCCACAGAUGGUGAUUCACAUGCAAUCACGUAUCCACCUGCAAUUGUAGUUUAUAUAAUUGAUCCUUUCACGUACGAAAAUAAAGAUGAGAGCACUAACUCUAAUAUAUGGACUCUGGGUCUACUACGUUGCUUUUUGGAAAUGGUACAAACCCUUCCUUCUAAUAUCAAGAGUACAGUUUCCGUUCAGAUUGUCCCAUGUCAGUAUUUGUUACAACCUGUGAAGCAUGAAGAUAGACAGAUUUAUACCCAGCAUUUGAAGUCCCUGGCAUUUUCAGCAUUUACCCAGUGUCGGAGACCACUUCCAACGUCAACCAAUGUGAAAACACUGACUGGUUUUGGCCCAGGCUUAGCCAUGGAAACUGCUCUUAAGAGUUCCGAUAGGCCAGAGUGUAUUCGGCUUUAUACUCCUCCUUUUAUCCUGGCUCCUGUGAAAGACAAGCAGACAGAAUUGGGAGAAACAUUUGGUGAAGCUGGCCAAAAAUAUAAUGUUCUUUUUGUGGGUUACUGUUUGUCUCAUGAUCAAAGAUGGCUCCUUGCUUCGUGCACCGAUCUCUAUGGAGAAUUAUUGGAAACUUGCAUUAUUAAUAUUGAUGUUCCAAACAGAGCUCGUCGGAAAAAAGGUUCCGCUCGUAGACUCGGUCUCCAGAAACUCUGGGAAUGGUGCUUGGGACUUGUUCAGAUGAGUUCUUUACCGUGGAGAGUUGUAAUUGGGCGCCUAGGAAGGAUAGGUCACGGUGAAUUAAAAGAUUGGAGCUGUCUGCUGAGUCGCCGGAAUCUGCAGUCUCUCAGUAAGAGAUUAAAAGAUAUGUGUAGGAUGUGUGGUAUAUCUGCUGCCGACUCUCCGAGCAUCCUCAGCGCUUGCCUUGUUGCAAUGGAACCCCAAGGAUCUUUUGUAAUUAUGCCAGAUUCCGUGUCAACAGGUUCUGUAUUUGGUCGCAGCACUACUCUUAACAUGCAGACAUCUCAGCUUAAUACCCCACAAGACACAUCAUGCACCCAUAUACUCGUGUUUCCGACUUCGGCUUCGGUGCAGGUAGCUUCAGCAACGUACACCACUGAAAAUUUGGACCUGGCCUUCAAUACGAACAAUGAUGGAGCAGAUGGGAUGGGCAUCUUCGAUUUAUUAGACACAGGAGAGGACCUUGACCCUGACAUUAUUAACAUCCUUCCUGCAUCCCCAACUGGAUCGCCUGUACAUUCUCCAGGGUCCCAUUUUCCCCAUGGAGGUGACGCUAGCAAGGGUCAGGGAACAGAUCGGCUGCUUUCAACAGAAUCUCAUGAUGAAGUAACAAAUAUUCUUCAGCAACCAUUGGCCCUUGGUUAUUUUGUAUCAACUGCCAAAGCAGGUCCAUUGCCUGACUGGUUUUGGUCAGCGUGUCCUCAAGCACAACAUCAGUGUCCCCUCUUUCUUAAGGCCUCUUUGCACCUCCAUGUGCCUUCAGUGCAAUCAGACGAGCUGCUUCACAGUAAACACUCCCACCCACUUGACUCAAAUCAGACUUCAGAUGUCCUCAGGUUUGUUUUGGAACAGUACAAUGCACUCUCCUGGCUAACCUGUGACCCAGCAACCCAGGACAGACGGUCGUGUCUCCCGAUUCAUUUUGUGGUGCUGAAUCAGUUGUAUAACUUUAUCAUGAAUAUGCUGUGAUCUUCAUCUGACUGAACUGUGCAAGAAACAAACAAAAAAAAAAAAAGGAAAAGGGAUAUUAAUUUCACUGCAGGACUACAUGAUAAUCUUCUCAGUGCUAGUCAGUUUGUGAUGGGGUAUAAUUCUUGUUACUUUAACAAAUAUUGCUUGACCCGGGGGGAAGAGGAUGUAACCCUGCUCUCUUUUCAUUGACUCUAAAGAACUCUUUAGGAUAAUGAAGAUUGAUAAUACAAAAUGUAUUAUAACAUUUUAGUAGAGAAAUUAACCUUUUUUUUUCCAGUCACAGUAUUUGUGAAAAGUAAUGAGCCAUAGUACCCAGUCAUGUUAAAUGAAUAUUCGAAGCAUGGAGAAGAAACAUGAGGAACAGUGAGUUCAACUUAUGGCUUCAGAACAUCAAGAUGUUCUUGUAUUGGAUUAUAGUACCUAGUAUUCAAAAAUGCCUGCAUCUCUUAUUUAUUGUAAGUUUUUAAAUGUAUAAAUUGUCUUAUAUUUCUUAACCUCUUUUAUAAAAAUUUUCCUAGAAGGUUUAUACUGCCUUCUUGCUUUAAAGCAAUUGGUCUAAAAUAUAUGUAAUCGUCUUAAUUAAAAGUUGCAGUAGGGUUGCUUUUAGAGUAUUAUUUUUUUGUAAGGGGGUGGGUGGGACAGUAAAUUUGUAUCGUCUUGAUGUACAGUUUA